CGACGGAAGCGCUAAUUGGUGUGAUUGCAAUUGAUUUUUGAUUCUGGCUCAGUCGCUUUAGUCGCUUUUUAGCCGCCGAGGGUUACAUUUCGCGGGUUUGUCAACAAGUGGAAAUUUUGAUAGUUCAGUUUUGACGGUAUCCACCAUGCACGCGACGACUCUGCUGACCGCCGCGCUCUGCCUGCUUCUCGCAGCCCUUCGCUUCGCCCCUUCUUCGGCGGCGUCAAUCGGACGAUCGGAGGGAGGGGAGGGGAACCAAUCGGCGUGGGAACUGACGGAAGCCCUAUAUGGCACCUCGGGCCUCCGGAGCUUCAAUGGCACCUGGAUAACAGAUGAAGAGUUUUACUACACUGCCUCCGACCGAUCCAUUCACAAAUUCAACUCGGCCACCAAGACGGACGUGAUCUUCCAGAACUCCUCAUUUCUGAACAACUACGUGGGGGCCACCUUCUCGCUCUCGCCGGACAAUACGAAGAUCCUGAUCCGGCACAACCUCACCGAGAAGUUCCGGCACUCGUACAUCGCGCAGUACGACGUGUUCGACAUCGAGAGCAACACGACCGUCCAGAUCCACAAGGGCGAGAAGCUGCAGUACUGCGGAUGGUCCCCGCUGAGGGACCGCCUGGCCUACGUCUACCUCAACAACGUGUUCAUCCACUUCAGCGAGAAGAUGGAGGUCAGCAUUACGGACGACGGCGUGGACGGGGUGGUGUACAACGGCGUGCCCGACUGGGUCUACGAGGAAGAGGUCCUUAGCAGCGGGAGCGCCUUGUGGUGGUCGGCGGACGCCACCAAGCUGGCGGUGGGCUUCUUCGACGACACAGAGGUGGAGACCUUCAACUACUUUUUGUACGGCGACGGGGACACCACCUUCUACCAGUACCCGCACGAGGAGCACCUCAAGUACCCCAAGUCGGGCUCCAAGAAUCCGCUGGUGAGCCUGCGGGUCUACGACGUCACCGACAACGACCCCACCAUGCAGCGCAUCGUGGCGCCCGUGGAAGUGGUGGGCAGCGAUCACAUCCUGCAGAACGUGGUUUGGUCCAACGAGACCCACCUGCUCGUCACCUGGAUGAACCGGCGGCAGAACAUCGCCUCGAUUCAGAGCUGCAGCUACCAGGGCGUCUGCGCGGAGGUCAAGAGGCUGGAGGAGCCGCUCGGCUGGGUGGACAUCAGCACGCCCAAGUGCCUCAGCACCGGAAAGAGCUGCAUCUUCGGGUACUUCAUCGACAACUGGCAGCAGGUGUGGAACUUGGACCUGGAGACGGGAGUCAACAGUUGGCAGUCGCGCGGUAACUUCACUGUUCUGACCGUCUAUGGAUACGAUGAAGCGAGGGACAAGCUUUACUACCAAGCCACCCUGCCCGGAGAUCCCUCUGUGUACCACGUGUUUGGGAACGACGAGUGUCUCAGCUGCAGUCAAAUCGACGUUGACGGCGUGGCCUGUCGGUCCGUAUCGGCGACCUUCAGCAAGUCCUUCUCCUACUACACGCUCUCGUGCAACGGGCCCAAUCCGAGCUACACGCGCAUCUUCGAGGCCACCUCGAAAACGCUCCAGGUCGAGUGGGAGCCAAACACGGCGUACCGCGAGAACUUGAAGCAGAAGCUGCGCCCCAGCUACCGUUUCCUGAACGUCAGCCUGGCCGACGGGAGCGUGGGUUACGCCAAGCUCGCCCUUCCGCCCAACUUCGAUUCGGCCAAGAAGUACCCGCUCAUCGUGGUGGUCUACCAGGGACCCAACUCGGUGCGGGUGACCAACGCGUUCACGGUGGGCUACGAGGCGUUCGUUACGACCUCCAGGGAUACGAUUUACGCCUACAUCGACGGCCGAGGCACGGGCAACAAGGGCAAGGAGCUGCUCUUCUCGGUGAACAACGAUUUGGGUGACCACGAGGUCGAGGAUCAGCUGUUCGUCACCCGCUGGAUGCAGCAGAACCUGCCCUUCGUGGAUGCCGAGCGAUGUGGCAUAUGGGGUUGGAGCUAUGGCGGCUACAUGACGGCCAAGACCAUCGAGAAGGACGACGCUGGGAUCUUUCAGUGCGGAGUUUCGGUGGCCCCGGUCACUUCGUGGCUGUACUAUGAUACGAUUUACACCGAGCGAUACAUGGGUCUGCCCACGGAGGAGGACAACCUGCAGAAGUACAAUGAGAGCAGUGUGUUUGGCAAUCUGGAGAACUUCAAAAGCCACGACUUCUUGCUUAUUCACGGAUCCGGCGACGACAAUGUCCACUACCAGCACUCCUUGUUGCUGGCCAAGUUGCUGCAACGACACGAUAUUGCGUUCGAGGAGCAGACUUAUACUGAUGAGAACCAUGGAAUCGGCAACGCGCUGCCCCAUUUGUACCAUACCAUUGAUGCCUUCUGGACCAAUUGCCUUAACUUAGAUGUCUCCGCAGACUCUGAGUAGUGAAAAGAUAGCAAUUUAUCUAGUCAAACAUAGGUUUUUAAAAAUAGUGUUUUUGUACUUUUGUAUCCACGUUCUAUUAAAGAUAUAUUGUUAAAUGUUUAA